CAGAGGAGCAAAAAGGAGGGACAGAUGGGUUCUGGCCUCCGGGUUUAGAUUUGCCAAGAGGCAGGGUCCCAUGUCAGUGAGUUCACACCGUUCUGUGCAGGAGGUACCCGCAGUGCUGACUUAGGGCUGUGGUUUUCGAGCUGGAGGUACACACACGGUUACUGAGGCAGUUUUUAAUAUUUGUUUGGCUAAGGGAUUCAGUGGUCCCUACAAAAUGUAAGAAUUAACAUAAAUUAACCAGUGCAGAGGAAGAGCUGCUGUCAGACUGUCGGUACAGGAAGCUGGAAAGAGUAGGACACCCAGAGUAAAGGGUGCUCCCGCAGAAGUUGCCAGUGCUCCCUACAGCCGCGGUGGGCUGGGGGGUUGGGUAUCGGAUUUCUGUAGUCUGAGACAGAAAAGGAUGUUCCAGAUUUUCCUUUUUUUUUUUUUUUUUUUUUUUUAAGAUUUUAAAAAUUUGACACAGGGAGAGAUCACAAGUAGGCAGAGAGGCAGGGGGAAGCAGGCUCCCAGCUGAGAUCAUGAGGCUUAACCCACUGAGCCACCCAGGCGCCCCCACAGAGUUUCCUCUUAAAUGGCUAAGUUACCAGACUUUAUACCCAGCUUAAAGCCCCACAGGGAAAUGGAGUCAGUCGUGAACAUCGCUGCUUCAUCCCUUCUUUCCUCCCCCAGCAGCCCAGAAUCGGGGCCUGGUUCAAGAUUCGGAGGUGCCGACGGCCCGGAGCCCUUGAGCCCUCAGAGUGCAAGGCCAUGGCCCAGAAGAGCCUCACAGUCCACGCCAACAACCUGCCCUACGGAGACCUGGCCUCCGAGGUGACGAGGCGCAGAGUCACCAUGGCCACGGGAGAAGAGAUAUCUACCAAGAAAAGUGAUGAAGCCGGGGAGAUGCCCCCCACUCUGGACUCGGAGCAAGGCCCUGCUGGCGUGGCUGGCCCUUCAGAACCCCCCGCGCCGCCUCCUUCCCCCGCUGAAGACUGCAGAGUCUGAGCCGGCUGUGAGAGCCCGCCAGGAGGUUGGGGGUGUCUUUGAAGCCGGUCUUGUCUUAGAACAUCUUUGUUCUUCCUUUCCUCACGGCUGAGUGGUGUUUAUCCUCACGAAUGCACUAGGGCUAUCUUUGGUUUUUCAAGCCAAGUCAAUGAUUUACAUUCACAUUUGAGCUUUCAUUUGCCUUGUUCUAUGGA